AUGUCGGACAUGUGUAGCAAUGGAAAUGUCGCCAAUCCGCAGCUCUCGACGCUCCUCACCUCGCCAACGCGGCGCAGCGAGACCUCUUCCGCAUUUGAACGGCUCGGCUCAUCUCAGUCGUCGUUGUUGUCAACGCCAAUGACGCGGCGUCUGCAGGGAUGCAUGACGAACGAGCCCCCCGACUUUCGUGCGCUGCCAGCUUCGCACACCUCACCAUCGUCACUCGCCUUCACCACGGCGGAUCUGGCGAGUGUGGACAGCGACAAGCGAAUGUGGAAUGUGUACAGGCGCCAGGAUGGCUGGGUGAGGUCACCCAACACGAAUUGCCCCGCCCCCCCUUGCCGGCAGCUGCACCCUAGUGGCCAUUACUCGACCCCCGUCACAUCCCUUGCGCCGCCGCCAGCGCCGCAGCAGGGCAAGACCUCUCCACACGAACCCACUCGUCCCGCUUCCGGUCGCACCGCCAGCAGAUCCAUUGCCCGCGAACGCGACGGAAACACACGCUCCAUGCCGCGCUUCUCAUCCGUGUCAAGCAUCGCUACUCCCUUUCGGGACCUCGACCAGCACCCUCCAUCCGAGUCCGCUUUGUUCCCUACCAGCUCGAGCGAGGGCUGCCCUCACAGGUAUCCCGUCUCCCCUGCAAAGCCGCUGUCGCCGAUGAGAAAGGGCAAGUCACCCAUCACCGGCCGCAGUCCAUCGUCCCAUGCACUGGGUGGUGCACGCCGCUUUUCCAGUUCUGUAGAGGGAACGUCAGUGUUCAAGGAGAUGCUGGCUCUCAAUCACGACGCCGUUUGUGCCUCAAGUGAAGCAACCGCGUCGUCGCGGGGAUACGGCCGUCGCCGCUACAGUGCCAACACGAGCCCCCUGCAUGAUAGGGGCCACAUCGGGGAUGCCUUGACAGCGUCGACAGAUCAGCGGAUGUUUCUGCAGAUGAAGAGGCAGUCGCAACUCUGGCUCUCUGACAACACCGGCCGCCGUUUCAGCAAUGCCCCCAUCGGGAGCACAGCCCGCCGGAGCGUGAGGCGCAGCAGCAGCAGUCACACGGUAGAUCAAGGCGGCCAGUCAGCUUCCUCAAUCCCUCCCUCAGCUGUGAUGGGGGUGAUUUCACGUGAGGACUUUGCUCACCGCCUAGGUGGCGAUAGCAUGCAAGGCCUCUCCCCUCUUCCCCAACUACAUCCACAACAGUUGCAGCAACUCCCUGCUUCUUCCUCCGCCCCCCCGUUGCCGCGGACCAGAACUCCCAUGGCGAGUAUCAUGCGCGACCACGCCCCGUGUUCUUCGCUCAGACCGCCGGAGCUGACCCCGGCAGCGAUGGAGCGAUCGCCGGAGCGGCGCGAGAGUGCAGAAACGCUGGUGGACUCCUCCUGCUACACUCCGCCAAUCUUCGUCGAGCAGCAGCGACAGCAGCAGCACCAGCCUCUGUCAACCCCGCUGAUGGACCAACCGACGGAGCACAGCACCGCCAGUGUACCAGAGCGUGGUUCUUUUGGUCACCGCGUCAGCCUCUGCAAUCGGCACCGCAGGUCCGUAGCCAACGACGUCAUCUUCACGGCUGGUAGUAGCAGCGGCAGCUCUGCGCAACCGGCACCCCCGCACCCAAAUGGGGAGUCGUCUAUGUCCUUGACGGUACCCGCACUGUCGCCACCACCACCGUGGACGCCUAGAGAGGCGCUGUACUGGAUGCGAAAUCGCCUCACGCUGCAGGAGCAGGAGGAGAUGCUGGGGUGCGACAUGGUAUAUUACUGCGGGCCCCCCGUGCAACCGCGCACGGCAUGCGGGGCAACAGACCGCGCAACACCUCCGCCGUCAACCCACCACACCUUGGAGGGGACUGCAAGCGUCAGAAGCCUUCCGAAAAACAAGGAGGAGGUAGCAUCUUUCACCGCCCCCUCUUCCUCGUACUUCCCGAUCGCCCUAGGCAUGCACAUAUCCUUCCGCUACGAGGUGAUGGAGGUGCUGGGGAUCGGCACGUUCAGUAUCGUUGUGCGCGCUGUCGACCACGCAGCCUCGCCUCUCUCCCCUGAGCGGUACUGUGCGUUGAAGCUGAUUCGGCGCGAGUUGCUCUACCAGAACGCGGCACAGGCAGAGUGGGCCAUCUGCGAGCAACUGAAGGAGUGCUGCGCAGCGAUGCGCCCGCGCAGUGGAAGCAGCUUUAGGGAGGACGCAAGCGGGGUCACCACCGACUAUCGGUCCAGGGCAUCGGUGCAUCGCAAACCCUCUCCAUCGUUGCCAUCAACGUUGCCUUGGUUGUCCAUGGCGGACCAGCGCACGCUGCUCUUUGGCUCGGUGCUUACCCCACGCAGCCGCUUCGAGUACCACGGCUACCACGUCAUUGUCUUUCCUCUCCUCGGCUUCAGCGUGCGCGAUGUGGUGGAACUGCAGCGCGAGUCGCGAGAAGCGAAGGCUGGUCACGCCCUAAGCGCGUCCUCUUCCCUACUGCCCGCUAGUGCGCCACCCUCGCAGACUGGCGGCCAAGCGGCGGUGACAUUACCGGCCGAGGUAGUCUGCAGCGUUCUCGCGCAGCUCGCGCAUGCCCUUCACUUCAUGCACCACUGCGCGCACAUCCUCCACGGCGACAUCAAGCCGGAGAACAUCGUGUUUGUGGAUCGCGCUGUGUGCGGCAGCAGCAGCAGCAUCAACGGCCAUCUUGCCGAGUCUGGUGGUGCUGCGAGUCAACCACCCCCGCCACGCCCGCCUUCGCAGCAGCAGCUGUUCCAAGCCCCGCUCCCCCACAGUGGUGAUGCUGGUCCCCUCUCCACCCCGCUCAGCACGCAUCCCUUCCAUCGGCCGUUCCUCGGUUUCCCGUCGCCGUCGCUCUCGAGCACACCUGCGCCUCCUCCGCCUCCCGUCACGCACAGCGGCACUGGGCCCCGUCGCUCUCAUGCGACUGAAUACCUGGAGAGGCGCUCCAGCGCGGACGUCGGCUACCGCGAAAGUCCCAACAGCAGCAUGUCAGCGUGCUCCUCGCCUCUGCCGUGUCUGACGGCCCCGCACCCGCCUCCGCGGAACACUGAAAUCGCCGACGGCCCUGACAGAGGCGCCACGAGUAUGACCUGCAGCCGCAGUGUGCAGCACCUCGGCGACGAAGCGGCGAGCAGCUCUCAGCGGCGUCCCUCCGGCGGAGAUCUGCUUGAUCAGUGCAUCACUGAUGGUGCCUCGGUUUCGCUUGCAGGACGCUCACGCUGUAUGACAGGCAGUUGCACUGGUGUUCUCAUCCCCUCACCGCACUCCACGUCAAUUGGCGCAGGAUUUGUGGAGGGGUCGGUGGGGUAUGGGGCGGCGUCCACGACCCCUAGCGAGGCGCCGCACUGCAGUAGCGGGAGCAGCCGAGAGGUAAGUCCUAGCUACACAGCCCGCUCAGGCCACGACAGUAGCGGUGGCGAUGAGGUAACCAGCACCGUCAGACCCUCGGGCCUCACUCGGCUGACUUACGCGCUGCCUCACGCAAUGGCUGCAUCAACAGCUGCAACAACCUCGUCGCGGAUUGCCCUCAUCGACCUUGGCCACGCUCAUCACAUCCUCCCUGGGACCACCGCCACCGCCUUCCCUCUUCAGUCGCCGUCCUACCGCUGCCCUGAGAUGUCUCUGCGCCUGCCGUACACCACCGCCAUCGACAUGUGGUCGGUCGGGUGCGUCCUCUAUGAGCUCCACACGGGUCACGGCCUCUUCCCCGAUGUUUGUGACGACGCGACGAUGCUGCAGUCGGCGGUGCGGGUACUUGGGAUGCCAGACGCAUCCUUUCUCGCUACUGUGAAGGCCUGCUGGAGGAAGUAUAAACAGCACAAAACAGGCACAGUCAGGGCGACCGCCCGCGCGCAGGGCGAUGUGACCUCAUCGGACACCGGUUCACAGAAGGUCCAGCUGCACUUGCGUCAGGCGCACCCGCAAGAGUCACGGCUAGCUGCAGAUGGCGAGGACGGAAAACAAGACGAGGAGACCAUCAUUGUGGAGCGGUGCUGGCGCGAGUUCAUCCAGGUGCUGAAUAAUGCCGCCGGACACCAGCGAGAACACGAGCGACGUCUCAAGUGCCAACAAGAGUCGAGCACACCACCAGUCAUGGAGAACUCCCAGCGAAGCCCGAGGAAAGCAGGCUUAUCUCUCGCAAACGGCAGCGGGUGCACGACUAUGUGGGAGACGGCGGAGCAACUGGCGCUGUUGAAGGUAAUGUUUCCCGCUGGACAAGCUCACGAGUCCGAUCAGUGUUUCUCUUUGCCAAGCAAGUGUGACUGGGAUCGGUAUGCGUGGGUGGAUUUCUUGCUGGGUUGCCUCUACUGGGACGCUGGGGAGCGACUUACAGCGGCGGAGGCGCAGGCCCACCCGUAUCUCGCAUCCAACUUCUCUCCUGAAGUGAUAGCCGCAACGGCUGUGACCGCCAACAACACUGCUGCGUCGUCGGGGAUGGACAGAAAGGACGCAGUAGACGAUGCAACGAUGAGCGCCUCCGGUGUCUCUGCCGCCUCUAGUCCUGCCGUUCCGGGAAGGGUAGUGCCCCUCACCAUACACCCCACGCACUGCUCAGGACUCCACUACCUCCGGCGCCACCCCUUGACGGCUCGCCUCUUCGAGUCAGCGGCAGAGGCGGCUAGUCAGCCCAGCAGCCCGCAUGGCAGCCACUCCAACACCAGGGACGACGCAGCACCGCUCUUGACACCGCUCCUGAUGAGCCCUUCCGCCAUUGUGUUGUUCGAGCUCCCCUCUAGCCACCGUACGGCACCGUCAGCGCGCAUGUGGGAAGAGCAUCAGCGGCAUCUGUCUCUGUGCUACAACUCGGCUCUGGGCGUUCACUCCAUGUUCCAGAACCCGGCCGAGCGAGUGGCUCUGUCACCGUACCGCAACAGCAACCACCGCCGCAACCUCUUCGAUGGCACGGAGAGCUACCCCUUCCGGGUCACCUUCUCCGGAAGUGACCAAGGGACGGAGAGCUCCGUCGUCGUCUCCGCCGAGUCGUCCGGGCGCGACAACCUCGCCGGCACGCAAAAGUCACGCAACGACGAUCAGACGUCAGCAGUGACGGUGCUGCCCCUCAACUGA